GAGGCGGGCGGCGGAGGAGGAGGAGCAGGGGGAGGCGCGGGAUAAAGGAGCGCUCGCCUCUGCCGCUCGCUCUCCGGCGGGGCUGAGGGAAGCAUCAUGGCCGCGAAGUCGGACGGGAGGCGGAAGAUGAAGAAGGGCGGCGAGGUGGCGUUCACGCCGCUGCAGAACUCCGAGCACUCGGGCUCCGUGCAGGCGCUGGCCCCGGGGCUGCCCGCGGGCGCCGGGCCGGGCGGCGGCAGCGACGACGACGAGGCACCCGGAGGCGGGUGCUGCAGCGGCGGCGGCGGGGACGGCUCGGGCGGCGGCUCCAGCUGCUGCUGCUGCUGCUGCUGCUGCUGCUGCGGCGGCCGCGGCAGAGGAGGAGAAGGAGGGGGCGGCGGCGGGGGCUCGCGGGGCUCGGGCGGGGGCUCGUCCUCGCUGUGCCUGCGGCUGGGCAGAGAGCAGCGGCGCUACUCGCUGUGGGACUGCCUCUGGAUCCUGGCCGCGCUGGCCGUGUACUUCGCGGACGUGGGCACCGACAUCUGGCUGGCGGUCGACUACUACCUGCGGGGCCAGCGCUGGUGGUUCGGGCUCACCCUCUUCUUCGUGCUGCUGGGCUCCCUCUCCGUGCAGGUGUUCAGCUUCCGCUGGUUCGCGCACGACUUCGGCGCGGAGGACGGCGCGGCCGCCGCCGCCGCCGCCGGGCAGUGCCCCGCGGCCGAGAGCAAACUGCUGGUGAGCAGCAGCUCGGCGGCCGCGGACAUCGACUCCGCCCGGCCCGGCACGCCGCAGCGGCAGGCGUCCACCGCCAGCAAGGGCAACGCCAACAGCAGCAGCAGCGGCAGCAGCGGCCCCGCCGGCGGCGGCCCCUCCAGCAGCAGCCGCGCCGACAGCGGCAGGUCGGCGUCGUGCGCCUUCUGCAUCUGGCUCCUGCAGACCCUCGUCCACAUCCUGCAGCUGGGGCAGGUCUGGAGGUAUUUCCACACUAUAUACUUGGGUAUCCGGAGUCGACAGAGUGGAGAGAAUGACAGAUGGCGGUUUUAUUGGAAAAUGGUGUAUGAGUAUGCAGAUGUGAGUAUGCUGCAUUUGCUAGCCACGUUUCUGGAAAGUGCACCACAGCUGGUCCUGCAGCUCUGUAUUGUUGUACAGACUCGUACACUCCAGGCUCUCCAAGGUCUUACUGCUGCAGCAUCGCUCGUAUCCCUGGCUUGGGCUCUGGCAUCCUACCAAAAGGCCCUCCGUGACUCCCGUGAUGACAAGAAACCCAUCAGUUAUAUGGCUGUUAUAAUCCAGUUUUGCUGGCAUUUCUUCACCAUCGCAGCAAGGGUCAUUACUUUUGCUCUCUUUGCCUCGGUUUUCCAGCUGUACUUUGGGAUCUUCAUCGUGCUCCACUGGUGCAUCAUGACCUUCUGGAUCGUCCACUGCGAGACAGAGUUUUGUAUCACCAAAUGGGAGGAGAUCGUUUUUGACAUGGUUGUUGGAAUAAUCUAUAUCUUCAGCUGGUUCAAUGUCAAGGAAGGAAGGACACGCUGUAGGCUUUUCAUUUACUAUUUUGUGAUCCUUUUGGAAAACACCGCCUUGAGUGCUCUCUGGUAUCUCUACAAGGCCCCAGCAAUCUCCGAUGCAUUUGCCAUACCAGCACUGUGUGUGGUGUUCAGCAGCUUUUUAACAGGCAUUGUUUUUAUGCUGAUGUACUAUGCCUUCUUUCAUCCCAACGGACCAAGGUUUGGGCAGUCACCAAGCUGUGCUUGUGAGGACCCUGCAGCCACCUUCACCCUACCCACAGAAGUGGCAACAAACACUCUCCGGUCCAUCUCCAACAACCGGAGCGUGACGAGCGAGCGGGAUCAAAAAUUCGCAGAGCGGGACGGGUGUGUGCCUGUGUUCCAGGUGAGGCCCACUGCUCCGUCCACACCUUCAUCCCGCCCCCCCCGGAUCGAGGAGUCGGUCAUUAAAAUCGAUCUGUUCAGGAACAGGUACCCGGCCUGGGAGAGACACGUGUUGGACAGGAGCCUGAGGAAGGCGAUCCUAGCGUUUGAAUGUUCCCCUGCUCCUCCACGGCUACAGUAUAAAGAUGAUGCCCUCAUCCAGGAGCGCUUGGAAUAUGAAACCACGUUAUAAACAAAGCAAAAACGCAGCUUGGAGAAGCUCUGGCGUUAUAGUCCAAGUUAAGGAUUGAUGGGAGGGCUGUAGGAAUAACUAAACUGUGUACUACAAUUAGAGCAGCAAGCUGUAGUGUUCUUAGUCUGGCUACCAUCAUGAUUAUCAUUUGAUCCACUGUGUGCAGUCCGUCUGCAGGACACUGGUACAGCAACAUCACCUGAAAGCCUCAAAAAAUAAACAAAAAACCCAACCAACCCACACAUACUGAUCAGUUACUGGGAAAACUCACCCAUGACUCCUUGCUGCUAUGAAACUCGGACUGCGCGGUACUCGCAAGCAAACCCACAGGGGGGCUCUGACCAGAGCUUUCAACUUUAGCCAGUAGUGCAUUUUAUUUUAGAAAUGAAUGAUUGAUAUUUGCAUAAUCAAUGGCAAAAACAAGCAAACAAAAAUCCUUUCAAAAAUAACAAAAACUGUAGCACACAAUGUUGCCAUUAUUAAAACUGUUUUCUGGGGGAAAAUAGGAGCAUAGUAGUCUUCGACAUCCCAUAAAUAGAUCGUUCAGGUUAGACUAGGUUUGCAAAAUAGUUCUUAAUUAAAAAGAUACAUCGUCAUGUUUGCAAGGAUAUAAAUGGAAAAUAUCUCUGAUCACGUAGCUCACAAACAUUGACACCACCAGAACUGUUUGUUUUCUGUGGAAUUUCAAAGUCUUUUUAAUUGCAAUUUAAGUUCUUUAUGUUGCUUUCAACAGAAAUCCUAUGCAGCUCACUUCUGGUUUUCAGGAGAAAUAAGGAGCUCCAGCACGUAGUGAUGUAAAUUAAAUGAUAAUCAUGAUUCAGUGUUCAAUUUGCAAAAAAAAAAAAAAAUAUAUAUAUAUAUAUAUAUAUGUAAAAGAACAGGGAAGUAUAGUUUUCAUAUUCUAAAGUUUUUUGGAGGACCCCAUUCAGAUAUUUCAGAAGGAACUACAAGGAGUUGAACGCGCUGAAACUUCUCUCUGUUUCAGGACUGGGAAUGCAUGAUUCAGUGUGUGAAUGUAUGCAGGGGUGACAAGAGACUGUGACAUGCCAUACCCUUCUAGUGCCAAACAUUGUAUAACUGCAAGAUUGAUGUUGCCCGAGGGACAGAUCAUGAGUGGCAUGAAACCUGCAAGACCAAGAAGCAGGAAAGACCAAUCCAGUUCUCAAUGUGUCGAGACAGCUCUGAUUUUUCCCACCCAAGGUGAAAGUGAUGUCUUUUAAAGGCUUUCAGCCACCUCUUAGUAAGUAUAUUCAGUGAAGUGUGAUAUAACCAAGCUAUGUGGAAGGCCCUCUUCUGCCUGUUCAAGACUUGUUCCAGAUAUAUCUAAAAAUUACACUGUAAUAGAGUGCGUUUGCUACAAGCUUUUGGGUUUGAAAUGCCUCCCUAAAUCUAGAUGACGGUAUCCUUCUUUAUGUUAAAAGUAUCCCCUGAUGGUGCUUUCAGAUGCAUUAAAGGUGCAAGUCAAAAUUUGAUAGUAUUUUUUUUAAAGCUGGUGCAGAGUGAAAAACUCAUGAAUUAUUUCAAUAUUUUUGUAAAGUAAAAAAUAUGGUAUAAAAAGGUUACUUUUUAUAAACCUCAAAUCUUUUAAUACAUUUCAUUCUCUUUAUAGCUUAGAUUUUAAGAAUUGGUCCAUGAAUUUUAUCAGCUAGAUUCUGCAGGUUGAUACAACCUGGUUUUCACACAUUAUGGAUUUGUUUUGCAAUGUAAUGCGAUAUGAAAGCCUACAUGGGUACUUUUAGAAUAUACCAUAAACUGCGGAUCCUGCUUCAAGUAUAAGUGGUUUGUAAAGACACCAAGCAAUUCCAUAUGAAACAAUUUGCUAAAACUAUUUCCAUCCGUUCUAGGAGAGUGAAGCAGAACUGAAGAGUUAAUUUUUUAAAAUGGCAUUGUCAGGAUGGAGAAGACCUGAUGAUUGGUAUUUUAAUCUUCACUGUCAGGUAUAUUCAGUGUAGUCACUGCUGUAUAUGCUGCUGGGUAAAUUUCAGUCUUUCCUGUUAUUAAUAUUUGUACUAUGAAAUGGCAGAGGUUACACGCCUUUGUUUGUUUGUAUGCGUUCAAUUAGCCAUUUUUAAUGUUGACUUUUUUUAUUAGAGAAAUGUUCAAUAUCUGCUGAUCUUUGCUGGGGCAAGUUUCCCAGAACAAAAUAUCUAUCUGUGGAAGUGCAGGAACCUACGAGCCAGAAGGAAUUUUGCACAGAUCAGAAAACACCCAUGCUUGAAGGGUUUCUUAGGUACUUUCAAAUUAAGCGGUGGCCAGCUGCCGCGAUAAUCGUUUUUAAAUAAAAAAGUUCUUUGAUAGUCCAAACCCAAAGCUUUGUACAAAGUGAUUGCCCUUCCCUCCAUGCAGACAUAGAUGACUAUACAGAGAAGGUCUCUCAUGUUCUGUCAAAAAAUACACCACUGUAAGAACUGCUAAAAGAGAUUUGAGGAGAAAGUCCUUUGUCCAGGUGAAUUCAAUAGAGCCUUCGCUGCAGAAUCCAGUGUUUGGUGUCACAAGGAAAUUUGCCUUUACAAACAAGUGUAAGCUUUGUAAUCCAAGAUGUGAGGGUUUCUUUCAGAAACCGUUCUGUGUGAUUGCUUCUUCUUCGGUAACUCAGAAAUGUGAGCAUGAGCGGGCACAGCGGGCAGCGCCCUCCGGCUGCAUGGGCUCUCCUAGGGAGAGGGACAACAUCCCAGCUACCAGCAGGCCUGGCCCUCUUUUGAUGGCUUUCUCAUACCACCUUGCUGUUCCUUGGAGCUGCGAGCCCUUUGAUUGGGGCUGGCAGCACUGAAGAAACAGUGCGGAAUGCAAAGGGUUAUGGUCUGAACCAGUGCUUGCAUUGCAAGGUUUCUGAAGAAGGCGAGCAGUGGGUAUGUUUGAUUUUCUCUCUGGUUUUGGAAGAAAGGACACAGAGAUGUUAUUUUUUUUCAUUUUUAGUAUCUACCACUUAAUUUCUUUACCCUCCCAUCAGUUUUAGUAUGUUUUUAGUAUAUCUAUCUCAAGCAAACUAUCGCAAGUUCUGAGUGCGCAGUGCCAUACUUGGCAUUACAUAUAGACAGAGGCAGUAUGCAUACAUUGCUGCCUUCUGAAUUCAAGCUGGGUGUUUCAGGAGUAGGGAGAAGUCAUUUUAUUCUGAGUCAAAAUCUGCUCUCCAAAAUCUUGCUCUAUUGUUUUUGCAAUGCUAGUGAUACCUGCGCUGAGAACAAAAUGGCCACUGAAACCUUAAUGCUUAGAUGACUACAUGGACAGCUUCUUAGUCGGCUUUGCUGUGAACAGUCACCUUAAAAGCUGUAAUUUUUUAUACAACUUCUCAAAAUUAAACGUAGUCCACGUUUAAAUCCCAUGAUGGCCUUACGGACGGUUAAUAAUCAAUAUGCACUAUUCUUUUUAAUGCAAACUGUUUUAAGGUCUAUCAAUCAAGUUUAAUGAAGACAGCAAUAGCAAAAAAAAAAAAAAAAAAAGUAAAAGUGUUAUCUUCUGCUUUUAAAAUAAUGAAAAAAAAUCAGGUCUUUUAAAUUCUAUUGCAGAAUAACAGGAAAAUAAAAAAGUUCAUAAUUACAUUCUGAUGAAGAAAGUGAUCACAUCUCUUUGUUGGAAGGAAGUGUCAUGUAAGCAUUGUCCUGAGGAACCAAACAAAUUUGCCAGCAAAUUUGAAGGUAACUUAUCUUGCUCCCAAAAUUUUGAGAGCUGUGGAUUUGCACGCUACAGAAAAGGCAGUUUAAGUAGUAUUCACUGCUCUAAAGGAGAAGAAUGCAUACCCAUGUUCAUUCAAAAAACACAAGAAAAUGUAAGAUAAAACUUUUGUCUUAUUUUAAAAGAAGUGUUAUUUACUCUAUAGUAAGAUAAUCUUAUAAAAAUAUUUGAAAAUACGUGCAAUACUUUUUUUUAAUGCAGUUUUAAUAAUGAUAAAAAUCAUUUCCACUUCUCUUUGUGUCAGCUAAAAUAUGCUUCUUGUGUUAGAACAGUGUUUCUGUGCUUGGGUUAUUUGGGCUUGAUGGCAUAUAAAUACUAUUUUCAUUGGCAAAUUAACAAAUUUUGUAUUCAUUAAUUUAUGUAGCACUGAGAUUAGGGAAAAUAUUCCUUCCAAACAUAAAUGCUAGACUUUAAAUGUCUGAUUUUAUAAACUUUUAGGCAGAGGAGGAAAAUCUAUAAAAAUUUUUGGAGCUGCAAUUUUUAAUACAUGGUGAUCUAAUUAACCCAUUUUUUAAAAAAAAAUACACGGUAAUCUCAUCGAUAUACCAUGAUCUCCCCAAAAGAGCAAUUCAUGAGUGGUAUUAAAAGCAUGACUGGUGCUAUUUCUGGAAAGGGACUCCCAGUCUACCUAAAAGCCAGCGCAUUCAUUUAUUUUUGAUUGGUCUGCAAGUAUUCACAACUAGCCUGCUGUGUAAUCCUACACCCAGGAAUUAGAAUUAUUUGUGAAUUGAACAUCCGAUUCCGUUAAAGCCUUAAAAAUGGCACCAUACUCAGUUUUGGUUGGCCCUGCCAGUGAUCCAGCUCCCAAAGCCACCGUCCUUUCUCCGCUCAGCCCCUGACGUCACACGGCCCAGAGCAGCUGAGAUGCCAUGGUUUACUCUGCGCCCCCUGCACUGCCUGCACAAUGCCAAGGAAAAGCCCCCGGCGGAGUGCCGGGGUCCUACUGCUGCCUCUCUUGCUCCUGUGCGUGGUGGGAAGUGGAGUGAAUCACAUUUGUGCAUCCAGCUGAACAGGCUUUUUUUAGGUUGAGUUCCUACGAGGGUGCGUAGUGAAAAUAAUCACAACACGUGUCCCCGAAUUUACAAGCUCAACUCUGAUUACUAGUUCUGCAGCGUAACAAUGCUGAAUGUGGGGAGAAUUGUCUAAAUAGACAAUAAGCCAUUUAAUUUUGCUAAUUGUAGCAAUUAGGCUAGCUCUCAUGAAGCCCAUGCUCUCAGCAGAAAGCCAAAUGGAGUAGUGGCACACAGCCAUUUAUAUGGCAGGGACAUAAUGCUGUGAAGCCUUCCCUUGACUGUUUCUAGAGCUAGGUCUUUUCAUUACAGCAUUGAAUCCAUUCUUCAUUCUGAUAAAACAGAUAAAGUUCAAAAUGAUUACAGAUUGUUUAAAUCUGUGAAUAAAAAAAAUGCAAUAGAUUACUGCAAUUCACCAGUAGUGAUGCUUUUGAAACACAUUUAUCCAUCCUUUUCACUUGGCUGCAGAUUACUGAGUGAUCUGCAUCCAAGAGGAUUGCUCACAUCUGGCAUGAGCAGAUUUCAUUACAGGAGAGAUGGAGAUGACCUCACAAAGCCCUGCUUGCACCGGGUUAGAGAAACAGUGUCACUGGUUCACAGACCACUUGCAAAGCUCUUUGAGCAUGUGAGCAGUCCACUGGAAUUGUCUGUAAGCUUGCUUUACCACAGUGACCUCACUGCAGGUGUUUGGUAGGAUUUCUUCACACUGCACAUGUAAGAAAAAUCUUGAGUGAAUAAUUGCACAUACUCUGAGCUACCUUAGCGUGAAUCAAAACAUUUUUUUUCUUUUUUUCUUCCUUAGUUCAAACAUUGAUUAAUGUAUUCGUUUUGACUGAGUUGCCAUUUUGCGAUCAUUUUAAGAAUGAAACCACAGUCGUUUCCAAUGAUCCAUAUACAACCCGACUGCUGACCAGCGCCUUCACUAAAAGGGACUUUUGCUAAACACAAAAGCUUGGCUCCAGCACUUACAUUCUGAAUGCUUCGCAUCUAAUUCUUAUGCAGAGAGUCAUAUAUACUCAUUAGUAAGCCAUGUGCUUACUCUGAAUCCUGGAGCAGAGAGGACAGAUAAGUGAGAUGCAGGGGAGAAGGCCUCUUCAGCACAUUUAGGAGGCGAUUUGCAUGAGUUAGACAUGGAAGAGAGAAGCUUGCAUAUGAUUACAACAGAGCUAUAGAUGCUGUGUGAAUUGAUAGACAUUUCCAAUUAAUUGUGAGAUAAGUGGCCGGCUAAUAUUAAGAUCAAAUCUAAAACUCUACAUACAUGCAGAGCACUGUAAAAUAAAGCAACAAGAAGCUUUAAAACCAACUCAAAACUCUCAUUUCCAGGAAUAACUGGGAGAAGCUUAAAAAUCAAAUGGAUUUUUUAAUGUAACUUGAUGCUACAUUCAUAGAAACAUAGGUAUGACUGCUAUGGAUACAUUUUCUCUAUCUGUAGAUAGCACUCUCAUAUUUCAUGUAUCUUUGGAAGCAGUCGCUUCUAGACCUCACUUCUGUGUAUGCUGUAGCCCAAGGCAUGCCAGCAGCUUUUCUACAAAUGGAAUCAGUUCUUAUAUAGGCGAGGCCACGUGCUGUUCACCCAGAAGUGAUUUCCCAACUGCAGAGAAGCUGCUUGUUGAAUGUCUAGAAGAGCCCUCACAGACGUAGAGUGGUGCCAAGACAAGAUGCAGGCUGUGUUGGGUGCCACAAGCCCACUGGGGCAGGGGCUGGAUGUGGUGCACCAGUCCCUGCUCACCCUACAUGCCAAAGAGGCCACCCAGAGGAGAACUACAUGGAGUACACGUAGGGGUCAGUUACGUACACCAAGGGCCUCAGGCUAAUGUUGUGAUCUUCCAAGAUGCACAAGCCAGGAGCACCUGCAUAUUUUUUUGUGAAAGGUUUGGGCACCUAACAUUUUGCUCCUGGCCUUGGUCAGGAGCACCUCAGUCUUCACAAUGCAUAGCAGCUCAACUUCUGUCUCCCAUCUACACCUGCAAAGAUCCCUCAAGCUAGUAUUCCUCUGCCCGUCCUACCUGAAGGGCAGGGUCCUCUGGGUGCUAUCAGACAGAGCUUUGUACAGAAAUACCCAUGACUGCUUCUCCUGCAGUAGACUUCUGUCAAGCAGAGACUGCAGGGAGAACCACGCUCAGUUCUCUCUUCAGCUAACAGUGAUCCAUAUCUCCAGCUACUACCUCUCAGGGGAAGGCUAUAGGGCUGCAUUCUACUGAGGAGAAGGGCAUGCUCUCUCUCUCUUGUUUUGAGGCUGUUGUCCCUCAUUGUGAAAGACUUUAAGGCUAUGCUGUGCAACGUAGACAUAUUUUUGAUGUAUUGCGUCCCCUUAGUGAGGAGGACUCUCAGGUUGCCGCACAUGUCCAGUGCUAUUGCACACGUCCAGCCAGAGUAAUGUCUACAGCAACAAUCUGGAGCAGACGCAAAACCAAUCCAACCAAAAGCUGUAUGAAUAUGGUUAGCACUGUGACAAGCCUGAAUCUCUGCAUGCUGCCUUCAGUCGGGUCUGUUAUUGCAGUGUGCUACCCCAGCCACAUUCACUUGAUUUGCUGUGGGAGCUCAGGCAGACUGUGUGUGUGCAACACAGUUGCACCACACAGCCAUACCCACAGCUUUCUGAGCCCAUGGUGCACUCUGUAUACACUGAGUCCUGAGAUUCUAUUAGAAUUUAAUCUUAUAGUUCAUUUAAAUUCUAUAACUAAAGAAAAAGCAUCAGGAGUGUGGUCAUCGUUAAGAGUAAUCAAGUGAUAACUGCAAAAGGAAAACCACAUUAUUGGAAAACACAUUCCAGUCAUUAUUGGAGAUAGCUUUGAGAUGCAUUAUGUCAGUAACUUAGUGAAAAGUUGUGGAGGAAAAAUGUUUAAUGCUACAUUUCAUUACAAAUAAGGAUUUAUCAUGGUUAGUUGAGGAAAAAAAAAUCAUAUAGGCAAACAGCAAAGGGAUUAGUUAGCUCUUUGUCUCAUUUAGUGUUGGCUACAUUUGUUUCACUGAGUAUCAGUGUUAUUAAUGUCGGUCGCUUAUAUUGGAAAUAACCUCUAAUACAUCAGUGUGGUUUACCUGACAUUUGACUGAAGAACACGAAAGGAGUGUUUGUUGGCCAGCACAUAUGCAGUUGUCCAAUACAUGCUGUCAGAAAUAAAGUUUUGAUAAUUCAUGGAUUAUGUUCCUGAUGAUAAAUUUCAAAUGCAUGUAUCUGAAGAUGAAACUACCUCUGCCAAUUUAAAUGUACCGUGAAUAUACAGGAGCUAUUUCUGAAAUUUUAAUUACUAUUGCUUUUCUCAGUAUGCGUUCUGUGUUAUUAUCUGUGUAUCCCAGAUUGUUUCUUAGCCAACGUUUGAUAUGAACUAAUUUUAAAUUUUAUAAAGCUGAGGAAAAGAUUACGAGCCGGUUAACUGAAGGCUUUUGUUUUCAAUUAUGUGAUACACUUUUUUAAGCUUUAAAAAGCUGUAAAGCCCCAAUUCUGCAAAUCCCUUGCUGAAAACAAAAACAGUUUGACAGCCUUCAUGAACGCAUUGGCUGUGCUGAAGUUCAGGUGCUGAACCCACCGUUCAGCAUUCUGCUCAGCGUUUGGGAAAUGUACCUACUGUCCCACGGGAUCUGCUUUAUAGACAGAUACAAAACUAAGCGCCAUGGCUGGCUCAGACAAGCUCAAAAGCAGCCCCCAGCCCCUCACAGCGUCACUCCCACAUCCCUGUUUUGGGACACAGGAGUCCGUGCUGUGAUGCAUGCCAGCGUGAGCACUGCAGGCGUUGGCUCUCAUUGAUGGGGAAGACAAAGUGGGGUGCUCCAUGAGAUGGCCAUGUCAGUCCGGGCAGGGUUCAGCCUUCAAGCAGUACUGUAUGGGCAAUGACAAAUAUUCUGUUGUCAGCAGAAAGGGAAGGUGCUGCUAUAUGUUGUGUGCCAGCAUACUGUCAUGCAUCUGUGGCUGCUAUUGAUUCCUUGUUUUUUUUAUUCCACUGGAACAACUUGGAACUUGUCAGGCUUUGCUCUGGUUGAUUUGCAGCUAAUUAAUUCAACAGGCAUUUUUAAUCUUGCAAAUUUGUGACUUGUAAUACAGUAAUCAGGCUCCCACGAGCGAACAUUAAUCAGUGAGAGGGGAAGAAAAGCACUGCUAGCUGCGUGCAGUGUGGUGCCUGCGCUGCAAAGGGACGUUCACAAGAAAUGCAACAUUAGUAAAUUCAUCCCAGCUAAACCCUCAUCAUUUGUCUUUUGAAUCAUUCAUCCACUGGAUUUGUUUGGCAGAGCCAGCAGUUGUAGUUGGGGAGGAAUGCUGAGCUGAAGAAGCUCUAGGUGAUGCCAGUGUCCUUCACAUCACCCAAUUCCUUACAGACCAGAGUCAGCCCAGUUUCGUUUCUAAGAUGGCCAUGCUGGUGGUGGAGCAUUCUCCUGGAGAAACCAACACACAUAUGCAUGUUUAGCAACACUAGGAGCCAGGUGAAUGGGCGGAGAAACUAUAUUCUUCAUUGCUUUUAGCUUACAGGUGGAUUUUAGCUCCUUUGAUGCGAAGCAGAAGGGAAAAAAAAUUGAACGUCUGCCCAGGAUGCACAUCUCCAUGAGUCAGUGACUGAUCAGUGUGUACUUAUCAUUGUGGAAGUGCACCCACUGUUACCCUCAGCAGGAGGGCCAGAGAUCAAAAACACUUGAAAACUGGGAAGCAAAGGAUUCCUCUGGGCAGGAUCAAGAGGGUUUGUGGAACACUGUGGAAAUCUGCCCCUGCUCUUACAGUGAAUAAAGAGAGGAGCAGAGUCUUAUCAGAAAAAAACCCACACAACCUUAAUGCCAAAACGCUACUUGUGGUGCAGUUACUCUCUUCACGACUUGAGAUGUUAGUUAGUUCUGUUAUGAACUAACUGGAACAUAGAGUCAGCAGAAGCUACUUCAUAGAUAUACCUGCAUUGCUAUAUUGACAGUUGUUUAUUAGCAAUAAGAUACAGAGGUGUCUCAAACUAGAGCAUACAAGACGAGGAUUUGGUAUGGCUGUUGUGUCAAUGAUUGUUAAAUCUAGAAAUUGUAGAUCUUUGUAAUAGCUUGUAGGUAAAUGACUUUUUUAAUGAUUAUUUUUCCUUACAGAGGAUAAAUCUCAGAUGGCUUCCACAAAAACAUAUCACUUAAAUUAGGCUCAUAAGGUGGGCUUUUCUUUAUAUGGAAUAGGAGAGGCUUAAUGCUUUUCAAGUGCUUUGUGCACUUUUUCAUGCUCUUGGUUUCUCAUGCAUUACACAUGAGAAUAAUCAAAUAGUGGUUUUGCAAGUUCAUCUUCCCUUAGUGCAGGUAGUCCUUGCAUCAUCUUGCUUGUCUACACGUCAAGAGCAUGUACAUGAGGCAGGGAGGUGAUCACUUGUAAAACAACUGAAAAUAAAGAUGGAGAUCAGUAGAUGAGGUGGUAAAAGCCUUAUUACAAUUAGGGAACAGUUGUGAAUCUGUAAAGCAGGUGAGCCCUCAUGGUAUUUCUUCAUGCUCAGGUGUUCGUCACUCAGAUCCUCGUGCACAUCACCACUGAAGGACUUUUAACCAUAUUAUAAGUUAUCAAUUUUUGCUUCUUUAGAAGUGGGAACAGUAACACCCCGACUAGCAGUGGAAAUCAUUGUGGAGGCGUCCAUAACCAUGCAUGAUCUGUAAGUGCAGUGCAUCAUAACAGUUGUGUUUUCUCCAAACAUUCACUCAAACAAGUUUGCAGGAUGUAUUAGACAUUGUUAUGAUUUUUUUCCUUGCUUCCAUUUCCUUCCUGUGCUUAUGAGUGUCAGUGCAAUCCCCGCUGCUGAGAGAAGAUAUGCCCAUAACAACCUGGAGGUGAGUAUCAUAGAAUCACAGAAUGGCUUGGGUUUGGAAGGGACCUUAAAGAUCAUUCCAACCCCCAUGCAUACUGUGGGCAGGGCUGCCACCCAACAGGUCAGGCUGCCCAGGGCCCCAUCCAAUCUGGCCUUGGACAUCUCCAGGGAGAUGGGAUAGCCACAUAUCCUUUGUUUUGGAGAUGCUGGAAGAACACCACUAACCUUGGAUCCUCUGGAUCAGCAGGCACAGACCCUCUCGCAAGUUCAGUUCUUUAACUGAACUGCAGUUCCUUUAAAUCAGUUCCCACUUAUUCUCAAAGGCAGAAACUCUCUUCUGCAUAAUUUGUUCUUCCUGAUGGGACAGAUACUUUGCUGUCUAUUCUUUGGGUUGUGUGUAAUUCUAACAGGUGAGCAUCACUGCAUUUUCCUACAAGUGCCCUUCCAUGUACAAGGCUGUCUGACCAGUGUAAGCUGGCUCUGCUCUUUUGUUCCCACGCUUGCUUACCUGCAUGUUUACACAAAUGCCAACUUAACAAUCAUUAUUUGUCAUGCUGCAGGUCCAUGCCAAACCCAGUAUGACUUCUGGAUUUGACCCAGGGCAUUAGCAAAUGGGAGGGUCGUCUUCUCACUGCAAGCACUGGACGCGGAACCCACUGAGAUGCAAUAAACACAGUUCCUUACCAUGCUGGUUUGACAGUAAUUUUGCAGGGUACAGCUGUGCUUUAAAACUUUGUGCAGUUCUCUGCAAUCUUCUUUUAUUGAAAAAAUAAAAAUAAAAAAAAUAAAACAACAGCAGCAAAAAGCUACGUGCGCACACACACACACACACACACACACACACAAAUCCAAACAGUCAUUGUUCUUCCUCAUUGUAUACUGUCAUCAUCAAAUUGCUACGCGUGAGGAGCGUGUCAGUUAAUUCACACUGGAACAGCCCUUCCUCUGUACACUUUCCAAAUGGAUUCCUACAAAAGCAAUUAAUAAUAAACCCAGUAGUAAUUAAAAUGAACAUCUUCUCCAGUCAUUAUAGCAAAAUGUACACUCAGAUAAGGGUAGGUAAUUGGUGCAUGCUUCUACCUUUCAUCUCUUACGAUGCACAGCUCAAAGUUUCUUUUUCAGGUUGACUGGUGAAUUUGAUUGUUUGGGGAAAAUGUGUGCAUAAGUGUUUCUAGACCAUUAGUAAAACUGGUGAGCUUUCUAAAGCAAUUUCAUGUGAGACUGAUGAUCCUAAAAGACUCAGAUUUGGUAACGAUUGUGCUUGCAAAACCUUCUUGCAUGGUCUACAAAGAAAAAAAAGACACUGACAAAGGACUGACUGAGAAAUUUUGCCUGGUGAACACACCAAUAAGUAAUACUUCCACCAGCACUCUGGAAAGGAGCAUUUAUUGUACUGAGAUUUGCCUUGACUAUAGGCAGCUUAUAAUCUUAAAGGGCUUGCCUGAAGGGCCUCCAUAGCAAUGGAUGACUUUCUUUUGACUUUAACGGAGUCCAGUAAGUCCCAGGAGUAAGCAAGUGUCAUUUUGCUAUUAAACUUCACAAUGCCUCUCCAGACGAAAUUUAUUUUUAAGGAAUCUCUUUAGUCACUAUUUUACAGCACACUUGAACUUUACUAUCAAGUGAGCUGCCAGUCAUUGUGCACCCAAUACUGAUUAGGCAAAGGAGAAUCUCUGGGGAAGGAGCAUCAGUCUUUGUAUUAAAAAAAAACAGUCCACUGGAAAUAAUAGAAAGCACUUCUAGGUCUUCCAUUUCUGUGAGUCGCUGGAUGAGUCAAAAACGCUUUCCUGGGUUUCAGAAUAAAUUUAAAUAUCUGUUUAAAUGUUCAGAAAACUUACUAGGAUAUUAAUAAUAUUUUAAUGUUUUACAUGAAAAAAAAAAAGAGUAUCCUUCAAGUUACACAUUUCAACUUCAAGAAAAAUGCAUAUCUCUAUAUGAAUUCUAAGUCACUGGGAUUUGGGGCAGCAAGGGAAAAAAAUGGCUACUCCGGGAAGUGAAAUUUUAACCUAGGCUUGGUAAGAGUCGCCUGGUGUCCCCAUGAGCCUGCUGCCCCAGCCCUCCCAAUACUUGCUUGUCACCAUUUCACCAAUGAAACCCAUGAAGAUGGAUCUAGGGUUUGGAUCUUGACCGACCUCAUCUCAGUCUGCAGAGCUGGGGCACAGGGCAGGGAUCCUCAGUGACAAGAGGGUAGGGUCAGGCAGGGACAGGUAGGUCCUUUUAUUCCAGUUUCUCUACCGACACAGCUGAAUGGGUGAUAGGGGCAAGGGGUGCUUCUUUGUGGGGAAGAUGCUGAGUGCUGAGACAUGGGGAUGGUGUUUGUAGCCUGCUCUUUGGAAAGGAAAGGCAGCAAAUAAAAGUUAGGAAGCAGUGAUGUUAGAUACCCACAGUGCCAAAGCAAUGAACCAUCAAGCUGGAUUCCUAGCCCUUAGAGGCUGGUGCCAAGAAUGGAAAGAAGUUUAUCAGCUGGUGCAUUGCAGUCCUCAAAUAUGCUGUCUGCAGCUUUCUGUCCUUUGCAAAUAGGUAUGCAGAGGGAAAAACAAAGGAUUGCCUUUACUGCUGUUUCACAGGAAGUAAAACAUUUUUAUAGCUGUUUCAGAGGUGUGCCUUUUAGCAUCUUUGGGUUUUAUGAAGACCUGAAAUACAUUUCUCUCCCUUACAAAAUUAGAAUAUCUUUUUUUUCUUACAUUUACAUAAAAUCACAAAGCCUUGGCUUCUUUGAGAAACCGAGAUUCUCACAAUUCCACUCCUUCCCAUCUCUCCACUGCCUGAAAAAAAAAAAAAAAAAGAGCAGGAAACCCUGACAAACAUGUUGGGGAAUGCUGCAGUACCACACUGCCUCAAGAAAUCUUGCACUUCAGUGUUCAACUUUUCCACUUAGUUCUGUGAUAAAACCAGAAAAAAAUGGCAGGCCCUGAUGUGUAGGUUGUGCAAGGGCUAUUGGUGAUUUGCAGCAGCUCUGCUCUGCCACUGUAGUUUGUAGGUUCAGCAUCAGUGAUUCCCCAUUUUGGCCUGCCAGAAAUGAAGUUGGGCAAAACCACACAUCAAUUUGAAAAUCAUAAUCAAAAUAUGGGGAGCUUAGGAAUGUAAAAUUAAGCAAAAACAAAUAAAAAUGAGUUUCAGCAUUUCUUUGUUUAACAGAUCGCAAAUAUUAAAGAAGGCACAAACACAUUUUUCUCUUCUCCUAAAUUAUAUGUAAACCAUAUGCGCACAUUUCAGAAGUACAAACCCUGUGUUUUCACAGGCCAAUCCCAAAGGAAAAAAAGAAUUAAAAAAAAAUCAAUAGGUUUGCAAUGGUCCCUAGUGUGACUUUUUAGAGUCAGGUGCCAAGAGCAGAACUCAUAACACCAAACUGCAUGUAUCAGUGAUGUCGCAGGGAUCGGCAGUGGGGUCUGACAGCAGGGUGCAGAACAGCCAGCACAAUGCACAUUCAGUAAUGGGAUGAAUUAGGUGGUCACUACUGAGGAGAGGAACAUUCUUCCAACUUUGCCAUCUCCUAGAAGCAGUCUCAUUCAUGAAACUCCUUUCCAGACCCUGAAGUCUCCUCUUGUGCUUGCACGCACUAAUUGUGCAUUUAGGUAAAGAUUCCAGGCAGGAUUUCAGGGGAAAGCCUGCCUCUGUGCUAAGGCCAGAACUCCAGGCCCAAACCCCUCCUUAUCCUGAGUGGAUACAAGCCACACUCCUUGGGGAGUGUCCUGUCUGCAGGGAUGGGACACAGUCCCUCUCGCCAGCUGAAGAAAGGCCACCAUGCCGCUUGAUGUGCAGCAGUGCUGGCUGAGGGCGAGGAGGCCCAGGAGAUAGGGCUCUGCGGUGCGAGGUCCAAGAAGAGAUAGGGCUCUGUGGCACGUGGAUCCAGACAUGGGAACACCUCAGGCAUACCCCCAGCACAUGAGGUCCCCACCAGACACAGGCAUGGGACCCGUGGGCCUUGUGACUCUCAGGUGGCUUCAGCAGAGGACGGGUGUGUAGAAGUCAACUCAAGCUGAGGUGGCGGUGUCUUUGGGAACAGGCAGUGGUGCGUCUUCAGGCAUUCGUGAUGUACUUCUGCCUUUCGGGAGCUGCAGUUCCAGAGUUAGACCAGAUCUCAACACCUGAUAAAAAGUAAAUGACUUCCUAACACUACAAAAAGCCUGUAUAAAAAGUGCACAUGCAGAUAGAUUCAAAUACUUGAAAUUCAAAUUCCAGUAGUGUAUUCUGUGUUCAUUCCUUUGUUAUUAUUACUAAAAUCACUUUCUUCUUUGUUCAGGAAUCAUGGAGUCUCCUGCUUAGCGUUAAGUUGUUGCAUGAUAUGGAAUCAAUUCCAAAUGGGUGGUUUUUUACUGUGUAUGUCUUGGAUUUAGUUUUUCAGUUAUUUUUCGUAAAUACAUUUUACAUCUAACUACCUCAGCUGCCUUUUGUUUUGUUUCGGCGCAUAAAAAGUCAUGCACUUUCUAUAUUUGGGGAUUUGGGGGGGGAGUUCUUUCCAUUUUGAAUAACCAGGUUCAAAGCCAUGUUGAUCAAUUUAUAGAGGAGAACAAGAAGACGUAAUUAUUGACAGUUGCAGAACAUACAUUUUAUUUUUAGGUUCUGUUGGGGUAUAGUUUAACAAAAAACACCAUAAGCUGCUUAUUAAUUUGCCUUAAAAAAUGUGUGCUCUUUCCUAUUCAAGUUGUGUUAUUUAACUCAUAUGUGACAACAACUAACGUAACAGUUGGCAGAUAAACAGCAAAUUGAACAGAAUGGACCAAUAGUUUCUCAGUUCUCUGUUGUAAACUGUUGCAUUAUACACUGAUUGUGCUAAAAUAAUUGUUACUGUGCUUAUACUCCUUUGUCACCAUUGCAGAAGUUACGGAAGAUCACAUUUGUGUUUAUGGAGCAGUGUAGAUAUCCCCCCAGUACAAGCACAGUGACUUGAGGUGAAUGAUAAUCAUUGCAGAACUUGUGCUUUGACUUGUACACAUUGUAAAAAUGUAUUUGGUAUUUUAUUUGAAAUGAAGAAUCAAAAUAGUUAUUAAAAAAAAGAAUCUUCCUGUAAAUAUAUAUAUUCCGAUUCCAUGUAUACAAACAUUCCUUUAGAGUUCAGAUUGUGAAGAGUGUCUUUAUCGGCUAGAGACUGCUGUCUCCCUGGCAGAGGUUACAUGUGCUAUAGUAAAGAACACAGUGUGUGAAGUAUUUGAUGUACUGCAGUACCAUAGUUCUUUUGGUCUGUUAAGUAAGUUGCAAUUUGUGAUGAAAUGAAGUUGAAAGUAGUGCUUCAUACUAACAAAUUUCCUUGGUUACAACUUGAUUUUUCUUGUAAAACUUAAAAGGAAAACUUGAAAAUUUUAUAUAUUUGGAUUUUGUAGAUUUUUUUUAUUUUAUUGCAACACAAGGUACCAAAAUCAUUAAAUAAAGUACACUGUGGUCAUUUUA